CCUGCGCUCGGCUCCUCUUUCGCGGCCUCCGCUGUGCGCGCGCCCGAAGGUCGCCGGGAGAGCGCGCGCGGUGGGGCCCCGAGGGGAGCGACGCCUCCCGCGCCCCUCCCGCUUCUCAGUGGGGCCUGGCCGGGCCAUGGAGCCUGUCGCUCGGCCUGGGAGCAGGAGCAUUGCCGGUGUGGAGGUGACUGCGGGCCAGCGAGUGCUAUGUGAGCUGAGUCUGGUCCAGCGUGGUGCGGAUUAUGAUUUGGUUAUCCAUUCCCGGGAGAAGGAACCACCUGUCCAAGAGAACAUUCCCAUCAACAGCCGCUUUAAAUGUGUGCAAGAGGCUGAAGAAACUCUGCUGAUCGACAUAGCAGCAAAUAGUCGUGGGACAGGCUUGGAUUGUGAUUUACCUUAUUUCUUGGAGAGAAGCAAAUACAAAUAUGUGGAAUUACAGAGAGAAAACACUGGCUGCAAGAUCCGGGUGCAAGGCGACUGGACAGCAGAGCGGCUCUUUGAGUUCCCAGACGAGGAGCGAUGCUUGGGGUUCUUUGCUGAGGUUCUGAGAGUUCAGGAAGUUCGGGCAAAAGCUCCUUUCUGUGAUCUUGUGGACCAUGCCUCCUGGCAACAAGUAAAAGGCCUCUCUGGGCCUGCCGAGCCUCCUGCUGCAGGAAUUCUGGGAUUUGAGGAUAACUUCAAUGCCAUGAGUUUGGAGAAGAAACGAAACUUGCAGAAUCAACAAAUGAGUGCCCGCCGAGAGCCUCCGCCGCCGCCACCAAGCAGGCCGUGUCUCCGAGAGAAGGAGGCUGUUGUGACCAAGGACCAGCCCAAAGUCAGCAACACCAUGCGCAUGCUUUUCGUACCCAACACGCAAACCGGGCAGAGGGAAGGGCUCAUCAAGCACAUCAUUGCCAAGAGGGAGAAGGAAUAUGUCAACAUCCAGAACUUCAGGUUUUUCGUGGGGACAUGGAAUGUGAACGGGCAGUCUCCAGACGGUGGCUUGGAACCCUGGCUAAACUGUGACCCUGAGCCUCCAGAUAUCUACUGCAUUGGGUUCCAGGAGCUGGACCUGAGCACAGAGGCUUUCUUCUACUUUGAGUCAACCAAGGAGCAAGAGUGGCUGACCGCUGUGGAAAGAGCUCUACAUGCCAAAGCCAAAUAUAAAAAAGUACAGCUAGUGCGUCUGGUGGGCAUGAUGCUGCUCAUCUUUGCCAGGAAAGAUCAGCUCAGCCACAUCCGGGAUGUGAUUGCCGAGACGGUGGGCACAGGCAUCAUGGGAAAGAUGGGUAACAAGGGAGGCGUGGCUGUGAGGUUCAUCUUCCACAACACCAGUUUUUGCAUUGUCAACUCGCACCUCGCUGCCCACGUGGAAGACUUUGAGCGCCGCAAUCAGGACUACAAGGACAUCUGUGCCCGGAUGAGUUUCCAGCCCCCAGACCAGGGCCAGCCGCAGCUGACAAUCAUGAAACAUGACAUUGUCAUCUGGCUGGGAGAUUUGAAUUACAGGCUUUGCCUUCCUGAUGCCAAUGAAGUGAAAGUUCUGAUCAGCAAAAAUGAGCUUCAGCAGCUGUUGAUGUACGACCAGCUGAAUAUUCAGCGCACUCAAAAGACAGCUUUUGCCGAUUUCACAGAGGGAGAGAUUAAGUUCAUCCCCACAUACAAAUUUGACUCAAAAACGGAUCGCUGGGAUUCCAGUGGGAAGUGCCGUGUGCCAGCCUGGUGUGACCGAAUCCUCUGGCGAGGAGGCAGCGUCAAUCAGCUCCAAUACCGGAGCCACAUGGAGCUUAAAACAAGUGACCACAAGCCCGUCAGCUCCCUCUUCCUCAUUGGGGUAAAGGUUGUGGAUGAACGACGGUACCGGAAGGUGUUUGAAGAUAUUGUUCGGAUGAUGGACAGGAUGGAGAAUGAGUUCCUUCCAUCUCUGGAGCUCAGCCGGCGGGAGUUUUCAUUUGAGAAUGUGAAGUUUCGGCAGCUGCGGAAGGAGAAGUUCCAGAUCACCAACAACGGGCAGGUCACCUGCCACUUCUCCUUUAUCCCCAAGCUAAACGACAGCCAGUACUGUAAGCCGUGGCUCCGAGCCGAGCCCUGCGAGGGUUACUUAGAGCCAAAUGAGACUGUGGAUAUAUCCCUUGAUGUGUAUGUCAGCAAGGACUCAGUGACCCUUCUGAACUCAGGAGAGGACAAAAUUGAGGAGAUUCUUGUUCUUCACCUUGACCGAGGCAAGGAUUACUUCCUCACCAUCAGCGGGAGUUACCUGCCUAGCUGCUUUGGGACCUCCUUGGAAGCACUGUGCCGGAUGAAGCGGCCAAUCCGUGAAGUCCCCGUCACCAAGCUCAUCGAUCUGGAGAAGUCCCUUCUGGAGAUGGUACCGCAGGACAGUGAAGACUCCGGAGAUCGACCUUUGCAUGUACCAAAGGAGAUCUGGAUCUUGGUGGACCACCUGUUCAAGAACGCUUGCCAUCAGGAGGACCUCUUCCAGACCCCAGGCAUGCAAGAGGAACUGCAGGAAAUCAUUGAAUGCCUGGAUACUACCAUUCCUGAGACGAUCCCUGGCAGUAACCACUCGGUGGCUGAAGCCCUGCUGAUCUUCCUGGAGGCGCUGCCGGAACCGGUCAUUUGCUAUGAGCUGUAUCAGCGCUGCCUGGACUGCUCUCAAGACAGUCGUUUCUGCCGGCAGGUGAUCUGCCAGCUGCCCCGGUCCCACCGAAAUGUGUUCCGCUACCUGAUGGCAUUCUUGCGGGAGCUGCUGAAAUAUUCAGAGGAUAACAACGUCAGUGCCAACAUGCUAGCCACGCUCUUUGGCAGCCUCCUUCUACGGCCUCCGCCCAACCUUUUGGCAAAGCAGACCCCGCAGGAGCGCCAGCGGGCUAUUAACUUCAUCCUUGUCUUCCUGCUGGGGGUGGAUGACUACUAAAGGUGCCAAAGCGUGGGCUCUGCGCCAGCUGAGUGGCAGCUUGGAGCAGGGAGGGGAGGAAGGGAACGGCCAGGCCUCUUUUCUCUGGCUAAGUGCCGGUGGAGAUGAGGCAGCUUCCCGGUCUUCCUUCAGGGAGGGAGUCCAUCUUGCUGAGUCCCAGCCCCUCUCUGUGCUUCAUCGAUUCUUUGCCAACUUUCCCCCCAACCCGAACAGAGCUGCAGACCCAAUUUUCCCUUGGGCCACCGAUCUAUGGAAGUCUGAGGGUGUUUGGAGGAGGCAGGCUAUUCACUGGGCAUGGAGCCAGGAGGAUGAUCUCUUGUUACCGCCAGGGGUUGCUGGCAGUUCCCCUUGAUCCCGUUGCAGAAACACCACGUUGCACCCCCUCCCGACCCGACCCAGCAGAGCGUUUGUUUGAUGCUCUCGCUAGAUAUGAGGCCUUGAAAGGGGCCCGUCUCGGCCUGGGACUGCAGGCGAAAAAGACUUUCUUCCUCUGCCCUUGGAACCUGGUGCUGGUCAAGAAGAGGCAGGGCAGCAGCUGUGAUGCGACACACCGACUUCCUCGCCCGCUCUGUGCCGAUCAGCUCUCUGUCCUCAUUCUGUCCGAUAGUGUGUGGCACGCAUUCCUGGCCCUGCUGGUCUCUAGUUCUUUAUGAAACACUAAACACUGCCCAAGGGGGAGGGAGGAAAGGCAGGCGGGAUACGCCUCAAAGCUGGGGCCGCGGAUAGGGCUGUGUUGGACUUCUCUCCCCCUUUCACAGUUCUGCACUUUGUCUUUCUGGUUGUCUGUCCUGGAUUGCUGUACUUCGUGGUACGCACUCUUUCUCUCUUCCUUUUUUUUUUUAAACUGUAUAAUUUAUUGGGAAACCUGUUUCAAAAUAAAUCUUAA